AUGGCGAUGCACGCCGGAGUUGGCUUAUCGAGGAUCGUCCUCUUAGCUGGAGCAGGUUACACUGGUACGAUCAUGAUGAAGAACGGAAAAUUAUCGGAUUUGUUGGGUGAAUUGCAGGCUCUGGUGAAAGGUGUGGAGAAAUCUGGAGAUGGAUCUGAGGGAGAUUCUGAUUUAUCUGAUGCUAUAGCUGCCCAGGUUCACCGUUUGGCCAUGGAGGUUCGACAGCUAGCUUCAUCGAGGCAGAUAACUGUCAUGAAUGGAGUUUCUGGUGCAAACUUACAAGCCCUUGCUUUUCCUGCUGCUGCAUUGGGAGCUGUAGGAUACUGUUAUAUGUGGUGGAAGGGACUCUCCUUCACUGACCUUAUGUACGUGACAAAAGCCAACAUGGCUAAUGCCGUGGCUAACUUGACUAAGAAUCUGGAGCAAGUUUCGGCGACCCUCGCUGCUGCGAAAAGGCAUUUAACGCAAAAGAUUCAGAAUAUGGACGAUAAGGUAGAAAAGCAGAUUGAUCUCUCCAAGGAAAUCAAUAACAAGGUGACCUUGGCUCGUGAGGAUAUCAAGUUUCUUGAGAAUAAUUUGGAGACAGUGCAUAGUAUGAUUAAGGGACUGAAUGAGAAGUUGGACAUGGUGGAAUACAAUCAGGAUCUCACAAAUGGUUAUAUGGCAAACUUGUGUAGCUUUUUAGGAGGCAAGAGCACAAAACUACCUAGAAUGGAGCAGCUUCACCUUCCCGUAAACCAGAGGGCUCGUAAUUUGCUUACAGAUGCCAAAACCAAGGGGCUGAACAACUUUGCUGUAGAUUUGCUUGAAAGCGAUGGCACACAGGAUGUAGCCAUCGUCAAGCCGAGGACAUUGUUUUCA